AAUCCCUUUGUAAGUUAUAUUUACUUCAAGAAAGUUAAAAAGUAUUUUUUAUUUUCACAUUAGUAUUCCCAUACAAAAUGAUGUUCAACACAGAAACAUGUGGCUCAAUGUGGCUGUUGGCUAUUGGUUUCAACACAUGCGAAACAUAACCUUCACAGUUCAUUUUAUUCAGUAGAAAUUUAAAUAAAAAAAUUUAAUUUAAUUUUAGGAAAACUGAAGUGUUUCUUAUCCUCAAAUUAUUCUAAUUUUAUAGCCGUGUAAUGUACAUGAACUUACUGAUUUUUGUAAAUAAUUUCGUAAGUUUUUUCUACUGAUUAAUUUAACAGUGAAAAGGUGUUUUAAAUAAUUCAUGACACUAUGUCUGCUUUAUUUAAUGGAGAUGAUUUUGAUUCGGAUGGAGAAAUAAAAAUAAAUUCAGACUAUGCUAAAAAAUAUGAUACAUGGCGACAAAACGAAGAAUUGAAUAAGUUGAAAGCAAAGUAUGGAGACAUCGAUGGAAAUGCAACAUCAGAUGAAAGCUCCGAUACUGAUAGCUCAUCAGAGGAAGAAGAAGAAAAUGAGUUAGCCCAGCAAUUUGACAAAGAUUUCUAUAAAACUUUGGCUUGUUUGAAAAAGAAGGAUCCACGAAUCUAUAAACAAGAUGUGACAUUUUUUGACGAUACUAAUAAAGCACAAGAAUUGUAUAGCGAGAAGAAGUCAACUGAUAAGUCAAAGAAAGAAAAAGCUGUUUAUUUAAGAGACUAUGAACGAAAAAUUAUUCUGGAAAGAGAAGGGAAAUACAGUGACAGCGAGGACGAGGAUAUGCUAAAACAGAAUAAAGAAAAAACCAAUACAUUCACAUAUACUCAAGAACAAAAACAAUUGAAGGAAAGUUUCAAAGGUGUAUUGCAUGACGAGGAAGAAGAAGAUGCAGAGUUACUAAAACCAAAAUCCAAGUCUGAGAGUGAGAAACAGAAAGAAGAGGCAGAUUACAAAGAGUGGUUAAAGGGGCAAGAAUCCAAUAUAGAUGAAACAGAACAAGAAACGCUUAAACCUCUACGUGACUUUUGGUCCAAUCCUAAUUUGGAUUCAAACGAGAAGUUUCUAAGAGAUUACGUACUUAAUAAUAAGUAUUUAGAUAAAGAAUACGCGGGUAUUGAUUUAAAUCAUGCGCAUAUGGUUUACAACGACGAAAAUUUAUCGGAAGAUGAAAAAAAUGUAGAGAAGCAAGAGGAAUUUGAACAUAAAUACAACUUUAGAUUCGAAGAACCCGAUCAGGAGUUUAUUAAAAGAUACCCGCGUACUAUGGAAAAUUCUAUACGAAGAAAAGAUACGCGCAGAGCACAAAAAAGAGCUGAAGUGAAGAUGAGAAAGGCAGAAGAGAAGUUGAAAAAGAAAGAAGAAUUGAAACAAUUAAAAGCAUUGAAGAGGAAAGAAAUCGAGGAUAAACUAAUGAAAUUAAAAGAGAUUACAGGAAAUGAAGAUAUCAAAUUUAACGAUAUUGAUUUAGAUGGCGAUUUUGAUCCGACUGAAUAUGACAAAAAGAUGACAGAAAUUUUUAACGACGAUUACUACGCGGCUCCCGAGGAUGAUAUUAAACCUGAAUUUCCAGAAGUUGACGAAGAACUGGAAAUUGAAGAUACGUGGGACAAUUAUGAUCCAAAUGCCGAAAAUUAUGAAGAAGAAUACAAAGGGCCGCACUGCGAGGAUCCCGAUUUUAAUAUGGACGCCGAUUACGAUGCAUCUAAAAGUGUUCAGGAAGAAAUAGAGGGUACGAAGAAACGAAGACGUAGACGGAAAUCAAAAUUCGCCGAACUUAUAGCAACAAAGAAACCAAAAUUCGAUCCUGAACAGUACAAGUCUUACAACGAAUAUUUUGACAAAUAUUAUUCCUUGGAUUAUGAAGAUAUGAUCGGGGAUAUACCAUGCAGAUUUAAAUAUAGAAAAGUUGUGCCGAACAAUUUUGGUUUGAGCGUCGAAGAGAUAUUAAUGGCCGAUGAUAAAGAAUUAAAUAAAUGGUGUUCCUUAAAAAAAGCUCUACAAUACAAGCCAGAACACGCGGAACUAAAUGAUGUUCAAAUGUACAAGCAAAAGGCUAAAAAUGAAGCGCUCAAGCAGAAGAUACUUAGAAGUUUGUAUAGCCCUGAGGAUGAAGAAGCAGAUAAAUCGGAAAUCGCGAACAAUUCCACCACUGUUUCCGAAACUACGGAAACGAAGAAGAAUCGUCCACGGAAGAAAAAGAAGAAAGCUCAAAACGUUUCAUUCGUUGCUGAAACUAAUGGUGAUGCAUCUAUAAAUAACAAUGUUCUCGCUAGAAGUGACAAGAAGAUAUCAAAUAACACAGACACGACAUCGAAGGAAACCAAGAAAAAAUCAGAAGCUGAAAAACGAAAACCCUCCGACCAACAAUGCAGACAGCCAGCGAAGAAGAAACACAAACUUAAUACUAAUAAUGAAACUCUAGAUAAAGCUAUCGACGACGAGUCAAAUUCCAAGCAGUCGAAGAAGGCGCAGGUGAAAGGAAAAAUGAAGAAGAAGUUUAACAAGACGAAGAGUAAAGACUUCAAGCAGAAGGAACCCAAUGGCGACAUCGCCUCGUUGAAUCCAGAACGUUUGAAGAUGUACGGAAUAAAUCCGAAGAAAUUGAAAAAUAAAUUGAAGUAUGGAACGAAGUAAUAAUAAAUAAAUAAAUGAUACGUCUGUAAAUACGAAUUUGUACAUAUAUGUAAUAGACAAUUUUA